AUGAGCGCCGCGCGCGGGCGCCGGGCCCUGCCGCUCCUCGGGGCGCUCGGCGCCCUCGCCCUCCUCGCGCUGCUGCUGGCGGCCACGGCGCGGGGCGGGCGCCGCGCCAGCGGCUCCGUGCGCACGGGGAGCAUCGCGGGCAGCCCGGCCGUCUUCUACAGGGAGGCAGCCCCGUUCCGGCCCGCGGGCGCUGCCGGCACCCCGGGGCCGGACGUCCUGCUCCUGCACGGCCAGGCCUUCACCUCCAAGACGUGGGAGACGCUGGGCACGCUGGCGCUGCUCGCUGAGGAGGGCUACCGCGCCGUGGCCAUAGACCUGCCUGGCCACGGGGAUUCACCCCCGUCCGACGCGGUGGCCACGGAGCGGGGCCGGGUGGCCCUGCUGGACCACGUCCUGCGGGAGCUGGCCCUGCGCCGGCCCGUCCUCGUCAGCCCCUCCAUGAGCGGCCGCUUCGCCGUGCCCUUCCUGCUGGCGCGGGGCGCCCGCCUGGCCGGCUUCGUGCCCAUCGCGCCCGCCGGCACCGCGGAGCACCCGGCCCAGCGGUACCGGCAGCUCCAGACGCCCACGCUGAUCGUGUACGGCGACGGCGACGCGGGGCUGGGCCCGCGGGCGCUGCGGAGGCUGCGGCUCCUCCCGCGGCACCGCGUGGCCGUGCUGCGCGGCGCCGGCCACGCCUGCUACGUGCAGCGGCCACGGGACUUCCACAGUGUCCUGCUGGCAUUCCUGCGGCAGCUGGGUCCCCGCGGCACCGCGGUCGCCCCGCGCCCCGACCCGCGCUGAUGCCGGGCGCUCGGAGACACUGCGGGCUGCCGGUGUUCCCGCGGGUGGGUGUCCCCAGGCUGCUG